UCCCCCUCCCCGCGCUUCCAAUAACGGCUUUAACUAAUUCUCUCUCUCUUCGUCUUCUCCAGCUAAUCGAUCCCCCCUCUUAAUCCAUUUUGUUUUUUUUUUCCAAAUCUCCAUCUCCAUCUCCUCCCUUCACCCCCGAUCGCAUUCGCUGCCGCCCACUCCGUGCUCGCCUCGCCUCCCCUCAGAGAGAUUAAAGCAGCAGCGGCUUUCUUUCCUCUGCGUUUCUUGGAUUGCAGCAAAAUCGAUCCCCCCCCCCCCCCCCCCCCCGUCCCAGUUUUGGUGGUGGAUUGCAGUUCUUGUGCCAUCGAUUUGGGUGGGAUUCGGGCGCCGCGUGGGAAGGAGAGGUUUCUUCUGGGGUGCCCAGUUGGGCUAAAUUUCUGGGUAGCUCCCGCCAUUGUCGAAGCUCUUCAGUUCUUUUGCGUUUCUUGGGCCUUGUAUCAGAUCCGUGCCCUUGCGAUUUCUUGUAAUUGGAGGUGAGAGAGAGAGAGAGAGAGAGAGGUCGAUCCAUGGAGGUGCAGGGAGAGGUGGAUGGAUCGGGGGUGCCCCUGGCGGUGCUCCUGAAGCGAGAGCUGUGCAACCAGAAGGUGGAGAGGCCGGACAUGCUGUUCGGCGAGGCGAGCAAGAGCAAGAAAGGGGAGGACUUCACGUUCCUCUUGCCCAAGUGCAGCCGCCGUCCAGGUCAAGCCCAGGCUGACGGGGAGGAUGCAGGAGGCGCCGGCGACGACGACACCAUCUCGGUGUUUGCGAUCUUCGAUGGCCACAAUGGAUCUGCGGCUGCCAUAUACACCAGGGAGAACCUCUUGAACAAUGUGUUGGCUGCUAUUCCCCCAAAUCUUACAAGUGAGGAGUGGACAACUGCAUUACCGAGGGCACUAGUUGCAGGUUUUGUUAAGACAGAUAAAGAGUUCCAAACAAAAGCGGCGCGCUCAGGGACCACUGUGACUUUUGUUAUAAUAGAUGGAUGGGUUGUCACUGUAGCAUCAGUUGGCGAUUCCCGCUGUAUCCUAGAAUCUGCUGAAGGUUCAGUAUAUUUUUUGUCAGCUGAUCAUCGCCUAGAUACCAAUGAGGAGGAGGUAGAGCGUGUAACAGCAAGUGGAGGUGAUGUUGGGAGAAUAAAUAUUGCUGGAGGGGCUGGGAUUGGUCCACUUAGAUGCUGGCCAGGCGGAUUGUGUUUAUCAAGGUCAAUUGGUGAUAUCGACGUUGGAGAGUUUAUAGUUCCUGUCCCACAUGUGAAGCAAGUAAAGUUGUCUAAUGCUGGAGGACGGCUUGUCAUUGCUAGCGAUGGUGUCUGGGAUGCACUGCGCUUUCAGGAAGCUCUGAACUAUACCAGAGGACUGCCAGCUGAAGCUGCUGCUAGUCGAAUUGUUAAAGAAUCUGUGAGUUCAAAGGGACUACGAGAUGAUACUACUUGCAUCGUAGUUGACAUAUUACCUCCAGAAAAGUUGAGCCCUCCAUUAAAGAAGCAUGGGAAAGGAGGCAUCAAAGCUUUGUUCCGUCGGAGGCCAUCUGAUGAAUUGACUGAAGAUCAGAUGGACAGAGGAUGUCUAGAACCUGAUGUCGUGGAGGAAAUAUAUGAGGAGGGCUCUGCUAUGCUUGCUCAAAGAUUAAAAAUAAAUUAUCCGACAGGAAAUAUGUUCAAACUGCAUGAUUGUGCUGUCUGCCAAUUGGUGAUGAAACCUGGUGAGGGCAUCUCUGUUCAUGGUAGCAUUCCGAGGAAUUCAAGGGUUGAUCCUUGGGGUGGCCCUUUUCUAUGUUCAUCCUGCCAAUUGAAAAAGGAGGCUAUGGAAGGGAAGCAACAUUUGACAAAUUCUCAACCGACAGUCCAACCUGUUCUCAAGUAGCCUUCAACGGUGUUCGAUACUUCAGUGAAUACAUGCUAAUAUCACUAAGACACUAACAACACCUCUAGCAAAUGAACCAGACUCUGCAUGUUGAUCUAUUGCCAUUUACCAAUCAUUGGUAGUCAGAUUCAAGAUUUUUCACCACUAACUUCUAUUAAAUGGUCGUUGGUACGGAUGAUAAAGAUAUAUGGUGUCGUUUAUUUGAAGCACCAGACUUAUUCUGCAGGAGGUGCAGGCAGUUUAUUUGAAGAAACAACAAGACGUCCCUAAAAUGAACCAGUGGCCUAAAGGUGUGCUGGUUCAUGCCAUUGAUUAGACCCCACAUGAGCUCAGACUUGCUUCAUUCGGCAAAUACCAGUCAUGAAUCCCUUUUAGUUCAAGCUUAAUUUUACAGGUCAUGCCAUAUGGUAAGUGACCAUAAGACUGCUUCCCCCUUCCCCCGGUUUGAUUCUUUUAAUAUGUCCAUUUCUUUCCUUCUUUCCCCUUUUUAAAUGGAAUUGUACAUCCAGUUCUUUGCCCUGUGUAUAGCCAUGAGGCUCAUAGCUAACAUACUUAUUGUAUUCAUACCACAAUGUUAUAGCUGUAUCACUGUAUUCAAAAGUUUCUAACACGUAUCCAUUCCUUUUUUUGGGAAGUUUUGCCUUCCUUUUUGUACUUUAACUAUUACUAUUGAAUUCUAAUAUAAUUCUGAA